AUGAGCUUUCCCAAACUCCCUGCUAAAGCCGCCUACCUCACAAUUGACAACGCGCGCCGCCGCAACGCCCUUUCUCUCGCCGUGCUACGCAGCCUCCGCGACCAGCUGCACAAAUACAACACUUCGCCAUCGGACGGCAAGUUACGGAUACUGCCUCCUUUCCAACCUUCCACCUUCACGAGCUGGAACGCGCCACCAGUCCCACCGAUCUACCAGAAUCUAUCCGAGAGCACGCCUGGCUCCUCCUCAACGGGCCCGCCUGGCGCGAACACCGUGCUGAUCUGCCUAAGCGCCGGGCAUGACCUCUCUGAACUCCGCGGCCUGUCUCACGAUGAGGUCAAGGAGACCUUCGCGCUCUGCGCCGAAGUCAUAUCGUUGAUCCGUCGGAGCCCGAUCCCUGUUGUGGGCGCGAUCCAUGGGCUCGCGACGGCGGCGGGAUGUCAGUUGGCACUCACUACUGACCUACCCAUUGCGAAGGCGAGCACGCCGUUUCAGUUGCCGGGAGCGAGUAUAGGCUUACCAUGCACGAGUCCCAGCACGGCAGUGAGUCGGAAGUUGGGAAGUAAUGCAUUCACAUAUCGGAUGUUGGCGCUCGCGGAGCAGGUGAGGGCGGAUGAGCUGCCUGGGCAGGCGGUGGAUGUGGUCAAGGACGACACGGAGGAGGCGUUUGAGGAGAGGGUGAGGCAGGUAGUACAACGACUGGUGGAUUUGCCAGCGCAACCGCAGGCGUUUGGGAAAUGGGCUUUCUGGACGCAGGUUGGAAUACGGGGGGUGGAAGGAGGGCAGGCAGAUGGAUAUGAGGACGCUGUCAGCUGGGCAGGGAAAGUGAUGGCGCUGCAUGCUAGAGGAGAGGAUGCGCGGGAGGGAAUGGCUUCGUUCGCGGAGAAGAGGAGACCACAGUGGAAGACGUGA